AUUCUUGCUCAGCAACGCCCCAUUCUGCAGCUUUAGAUUCUAGUCGCUGCUAGAAAUUUCUCAUUUGAAUUUCCUGGGCGAUUCAAAGGCGCUCAAAUUUCCCUAAGAGCAUCAUUUAUCUCAUCAUACCUACGCUCCCAUCCCAUUCUAUAUUUUCCGCCUACCCCUCCGACCACUACCCACAUCAUGUCUUCGCAAGACCCCCAUCGCGAGCACGACGAAGAUGCUUUCGUCGAUGCUGAUGAAGCGGACGAAGUCAUUAACCGCGAUGAAGACCAUCCAAUGGAGUCCGAUCCCGAGGAUGAGGACCAGAUGAUGCAGGAGAUUUUUCUCCAGAACGAUUCCGCCGCCCACUUUGAUCACCACCAGGAUUCGGUCUUCUGCAUUGCGCAACACCCUAUUCACAACUCGAUUGUCAUCACAGGCUCGGGCGACGACACUGCCUACCUUCUCGACUCGACACCCCAGACCGAGCGACCCGUCCUCCCCCAGAGUUACGAGUCCAACCCGCAGCCGAGAAAGGAGCGCGAGUCUCUGCAGCCGAUCCUCAAGCUUGACGGACACACGGACACCGUCAACGCAGUCGCCUUCACUGAGCCGAAGGGAGAAUACGUUGUCACGGCGGGUCUGGAUGGUAAACUCCGCGCCUGGCGCGAUACCUCUCCUCAGCUGACCGGGCUGGCGUGGCAAUUCGUCGCGGAGUCCCAGGAAGUGGAAGAGAUCAACUGGGUCGCUGUUUGCCCGUGCGAGAACGACGAUGAAGAGAAGCGCAAUGUGAUCGCCCUCGGUGCCAACGACGGCAGCGCCUGGGUUCUCCGUAUCGAUCACAAGGAUGCCGCGCAGCCCAUCUCCAUCCUGCAGACUUUCUUCCAGCACACUGGCUCCUGUACCGCUGGUGCCUGGACCCCCGACGGAAACCUCCUCGCCACUGUCUCCGAGGACAGCAGCUUUUACGUGUACGAUGUCUUCGGCGCUGCCGCCGCCGCGGGUGUCUCUUACUCUCCCGGAACGAGUGCCAUCAUCGGACUGACGGCCGAGGACCAGCGUUUCGCCGUUGACGGAGGCUUGUACUCGAUCGCUAUCUCCCCGGGUGGUGGUAUCGCCGCCGUCGGUGGCGCGGAAGGUCACGUCAAGGUGGUCGGUUUGCCGCGUCUUACAGCUCCCGGUACCAACACCUCGUCAAAAGCCAAGGGCAAGCCCGCGGCGCAGCCGGCCUCCGGCGCAUCUGCUUCAGGCACCCUUAUUGCAUCCCUCCAGGCCCAGUCCGACGGCGUCGAGACCCUGUCCUUCUCCGCUCCUCCCUUGACUCUGCUGGCGGCGGGCUCGGUCGAUGGAUCGAUCGCUCUGUUUGACGCCGCUCACCGCUUCGCCGUCCGUCGUCACAUCAGAGACGCACACGAGGGUGCCGUCGUCAAGGUGGAAUUCCUUCGUAAGCGCUCCGCAACCUCCAUCUCUCGCCCUACUGCACCCCCUGCUGCCAACCAGGACCGGCCUUGGCUUCUCACCACCGUCGGUAUGGACGGUAUCGUGAGACGCUGGGACGGUCGCGGUGGAACGGCGGCCACGGCACACGGGUUGCUGUCCGAGUGGAAGGGCCACUUGGGUCUUACCGAGAACGACGACGGAGAGCAGUCGGGUGGUAUCAUGGGCUUUGUUCAGGGAUUCGAUGGCAAGCGCGUCGUUACCGCGGGUGAUGACGGCAUCAGCUUGGUGUUUGAGGAAUAAUUUAAUCGCUAUUUAUAUAGUUAUCAUUUCAACGAGUAUAUAGACGCGCAUGACAAACGAAGACAAAAGUUCAAAUUAC